AUGACCGAAGACCCCCAGUUGAAUUCUAUCCAGCAACGAAUCGCCGCCCUCAACCAGUCGCAACUGGCCCGCCCACCAGGAGGCCCUGGACCACCACUCCGCCCGAGCCCCGAACGGAGCGCGUCAGCCAACAACCCUCCCUCAUACGAUGCAGUCGGCUCUGUGGUUGAUCGAGCAUCUGUCGGAAAUGAGCCCGCAGACAAUAAAACCCAGAGGCCUAUCCUGCGACCGCCUCCAAUCGAAACUCUCCGGCCUCAAGUGAAACCAAAGCCAAAAGCCCCUCCGCCAUUGCCCACGCGAAGAUCAGAUCGCCUGCCUCCCCCCACACCAGCUCGUCCCGCGCUACCACCGCGUCGACCGACGGAUCAAAAGCGCCGGCCCUCUCUUGAGUCGGUCACAUCUAAUGCGGCAUAUUCGACAACCCCAACAGCCACAACUGCGGGCCGAGGCGCAUCAACAACUUCGUUGAACUCUACUGGGAACAAUCGCAUAAAAGCUCCCGCUUGGGGCGAGACAGAACUGCCUGCACUGCCUCCCCGCCGACCAAAGGAGCAAGCUAGUUUGGAACCGCCCCCGCGGCAUACGAUUAGUAGCAAGAGGAGCUUUGGGAGCCUGUCUGCCCGAUUGACCUCCAAACUACCCGGGUCCAGACCGCCCGUUCCCACUCCUCCAAGUCGGCCUGAACGGCCGAAUCAACUUCCACGUCCUACGCAGCCUCCACGCCCUACUUCAUCUCCACAUCCUAGCCGGCCACCCCCACGCUAUGAGGCUGACGAGGAUCCCCCGGUGCCUCGACUGCCACCACACCGGCCAUCCGGGGUGCAUGCAGACACAAGUGGACCGCGUGAUGGCUUGAGUGCCAAUGCACCGAUUCGGAAGGCAUUACCACCUCCACCAACGGCUGCACAGAUCAGGGAUGUUAGGCAGCUCGGAUUUGGCAAUACAAGCUCAACAAAUCCACCCAAAUCCAGCGGAACUGCGCCCAAAGGAACCCCACCACCGAUUCCACAUGGUUCUCGUCCGGAUCUAUCCAAAAUUUUGUCUACAAAGCCACGCCUCAACGGGUCAGCUGUGUCUCCAAGCCCUCCACCCGCAACAUCAGACACGGAAUGCUUAGUUUGUCGGAAUUUCUCAGGCCCUGAUAACCAUGCAGCCCGAUAUCCCCGUGAAUCGCUUCCCACGCAGGAUAUGAAGUGGCUGGCCAAUGAAUUGACAGCACCGUUCUCAUCCAUGACAGACAAGGCACGUGCGAUAUUUACGUGGUUGCAUCAUAACAUCUUCUACGAUACCUAUGCUUUCUUUAACAGCUGCGUGAAGCCCUCCACGCCGGCAAGUACUCUCGCAUCUGGAAUGGCAGUCUGCGAAGGCUAUGCAGGACUAUUUGCAGCUUUAGCCACCCACUCAGGUCUAGAGGCAAUAGUAGUCGGCGGUCAUGGCAAAGGCUUCGGACACGAAGCUCUUGCUGCAGGGGUCCCGGUGCCCCCAUACGAAGGCAACCACGCCUGGAACGCUGUCAAAAUCGACGGAGGCCGAUGGAAACUAAUUGACGCUUGCUGGGGAGCAGGAGCCAUAGAAGGCGCUGGACAGCAAUACAAGAAGCGAUUCGAACCAUCGAUGUUCUCAAUGCCGAACGAAGAGUUCGGCCUUAAGCACUUCCCAGAAAACAAACGCCAGUUCUUCCGCGAGGACGGACGCCCCGAUCCAACUUGGGAAGAGUACAUCCUCACAGACCCGGAACGGCCAAAUGGCGUCGAAGGCCUCAAGGUCUACAGCGAUGCCGACAAGCGCACCAUCGGUCGCAAGACCUUCCACCCACAAGGUUUGCACAUAUCCAUCAGCACACCGGGCGCAAUACGCUUCCAGUUUGGUCUCCUCUGUCCGCACUGGACACUUGCUUGUCACAGCCACAUCCAGCACGUGGGCUUAUUCCUGCUGAUGAUCCAUGGUGUGGAUGGACGCGAGGAUGACAGACUCCCUUUCACACACGUGCCAGGCUCCGGAUCCGCGGGCGGUGGCGAAUUCUGGUAUGUGGAUGUCCCCAGUGCACGUAUGCUCGGUGCGCCUGGUCAGAACCUGCAGCUGGCUGUGUUGACUAGCUUUGGGGAUCGGAAAGAUGCGAGUGAUGUCACGGCACAGGAGUUUCAGGAGAAUGUUGGCCGGGUUGGCAUGGCUUGGGCUUAUGUAGCUGAGUGGGAGCUUGUGAGGUAG